AUGCGGUCUAGCCUGCUACUGUUGGGUUGCCUCUUUCUCGUCUCCGCUUUAGGGGACCCGAUAAGGACGAAGAAAGAAGCUCCAUUGAGCCCACCUCCGAGCCAGUAUGGUCCACCAUCGACCUCGUACGGAGUUCCGAAUCUAGGAGGAUCGUACAGUGGGCCCACUGAUUCCUACGGUGCUCCUCCAGCGCCAUCUAGCUCCUAUGGUGCGCCAUCUAGCUCUUACGGUGCCCCAGCAGCGCCCUCUAGCUCCUAUGGUGCUCCAGCAGCGCCAUCUAGCUCUUAUGGUGCUCCAGCAGCGCCAUCUAGCUCCUACGGUGCCCCGUCAGCGCCAUCUAGCUCCUACGGUGCCCCGUCAGCGCCAUCUAGCUCUUACGGUGCACCAUCAGCUCCAUCCUCCUCUUACGGUGCACCGUCAGCUCCGUCUUCAUCCUACGGGGCCCCAUCUGGUCACGGAUCCUUAGGUGAUCAAGGAUACAGCAGCGGUGGUUCGUUUGGCGGCGAUCACGGUGGCCACGGAGGAGGUGGAGGCGGUGGAGAUCAUUACAGCGGAGGGGGAGGUGGUGGUGGUCACGGAUCCUUCGGUGGAGAUCACUACAGCGGCGGAGGAGGCGGUGGAGGUGGUGGUGGUCACGGAUCCUUCGGUGGAGAUCACUACAGCGGCGGUGGAGGCGGUGGUCAUGGAUCCUUCGGUGGUGGAGGCGGUGGAGGGGGCUUGUCGACCUCGUACGGGGCCCCAUCGCAAUCCUACGGACCCCCCGCUCAGCCUCAAGGACGGUUCGAGAAGAAGCUGACGUGGAAGGCGGAGUGGAAGCAGAUCUGGAAGACGGAGCAGAAGUUAGCGUGGAAGCAGGAAUGGAAGAAGGUCCAGGUGCCCGUGUGGAAGGAGGUCCAGGUCCCUGCGUGGAAGGAGGUGAAGGUGCCCGCGUGGAAGAAGGUCCAGAAGCCCGUGUGGAAGGAGAUCCAGGUGCCGGUGUGGAAGGAGGUCCAGGUCCCGGCGUGGAAGAAAGUUUGGAAGCCAGUGUGGAAGGAGGUGCAGGUGCCAGCGUGGAAGGAAGUCCAGGUGCCGGACUGGAAGAAGAUCUGGGUGCCGGAGUGGAUCAAGGUCGGGAUACCGGGCGAGCAGUACGUGGGCAAGGACCAGCACGGCUGGCAGUACACCAGCCACGAUCUCUGGAAGAAGAAGCUGAUCUGGAAGCCGGUGUGGAAGAAGGUCUGGCGAACGGAAAAGAAGCAGGUCUGGGUCAGCGACAAGAAGCUGGAGUGGAAGGCGGAGUGGAAGCAGAUCUGGAAGACGGAGAAGAAGCAGGCUUGGGUGCCCGACAAGAAGCUCGUCUGGAAGGAGGAGUCCGUGCAGGUCUGGCUGCCGGAGAAGAAGCAGAUCUGGGUGACGCAGAAGAAGCAAGCAUGGAAGGACGAGUGGAAGAGCAAAUGGGUGCCGGUUUGGAAGGACGUGCAGGUCCCCGCGUGGAAGAAGGUCUGGAAGCCCGUCUGGGAGAAGGUCUGGGUGCAAGAGGAGCCCCACCACGACGACCACCACGGGUACAAGUAA